AUGGAUGAAUGUAAACGUAUUUGCAAUCGUCUUACUAUUAUGGCUCAUGGUCAACUAGCCUGUCUAGGUACAAUGCAACAUUUAAAAUCAAAAUUUCGUCAAGGUUAUACAAUUGAAAUAAAAGUUCGUUCAACAGAUAAUGAUCUAAAUGCAACAACAAUGCAAAAUGUUCAAUCAUUUUUAUUAUCUCAAAAACAAUAUCAGAUUGAAGUUAAAGAAACAACACAAUCAACCGGUUUAUUUCAAGUAGUUGGUAGUACACCAGCUGAACUAUUUCAAUUACUUGAAGAACAUAAAUAA